AUGGUUAUUUAUAAAUCUACGCUCUCCUCUAUUCCUAUUCCUAAUAUUGAUCUCGUGUCAUUUCUCUUUCAACCUAAUGAAUUUACUCAAUCCAAGGAUCUUGAUAAGCCUGUUACUAUUGAUGGAGAAACAGGCCGUUCACUUAGCUGGAAUCAAAUUCGAGAUAAAGCUACUUAUCUUGCUACAGGCUGGAAUCAAAACGUAGGAUUAAAGAAGGGAGAUAUUGUUGCUGUCUUUGCUCCCAAUCAAUAUGAUCAUGUUAUUCUUUAUCUCUCAUUAUUAGGUGCCAAGUGUACUAUUUCUCCGGGUAAUCCUGCAUAUACAGAAGCUGAAUUCGAACAUCAAAUUACAAACAGUCAGGCAGUUGCUCUUGUCACUGUACCAGUUUUAUUACCUAUUUUUCUUAAAGUAGCUGACAAAGUCGGUAUCCCUCGUCAUCGUAUUUUCUUAUUUGGUGAUACUGAAGUAGACGGUUGCCGUCCAUUCUAUUCUAUAAGUGGCAGUACACCUAUUACCUUACCUUUAACAGGUAUAGACGGUUACAACGAUACAGCCUUUAUUAAUUACUCAAGCGGUACCACAGGUCUCGCCAAAGGCGUGAUGUUAACUCAUAAGAAUUUCAUUGCUCAAAUUCUUCAGACAGUCUAUGGUGACCCUGAAGAAGAACACUUUGAUGAUGAUGUCGUUUUAGGAUUCUUACCCUUUUAUCAUAUCUAUGGCUUAACAGUCUUGGUGUUAAACGCAUAUUAUAAAGCAUUACCGGUUGUUAUUAUGUCCAGGUUUGAUCUAGAAUUGAUGUGCAAGUUAAUUCAAAAAUACAAAAUUACACUUGUAUCCAUUGUACCUCCUGUUGCUGUUUUGCUUGCUAAACAUCCUAUUGUUUCUAAUUAUGCUUUGAAUUCGGUUCGUCUUUUGGGGUGUGGUGCUGCACCACUAAGUAAAGAGCAUAUUAGAUUACUUUCAAAACGUAUUCCUGCACAACUUGUACAAGGUUAUGGUAUGACGGAAACUACAUCUGGCAUCAUUUCGCAAAGAAUCAAUAGUGGAGGAGUAGCAGGCUCAAUUGGUAUUUUGUCUGCUAACAUUGAAUGUAAAAUCAUGAAUGAAAAAGGAGAGGAACUAGGGGAUGAUCAAGAGGGAGAAUUUUUAUUUAGAGGUCCUAGUAUUAUGAAAGGUUACUUUAAUAAUCCAAAGGCAAAUGCAGAGACAUUCACAGAGGAUGGUUGGAUGCGUACAGGUGAUGUAGGAAAAUUUGAUUCCAAGUCAGGUGAAUUUUUUAUCUUGGACCGAAUUAAGGAAUUAAUCAAAUAUAAGGGAUAUCAAGUGGCCCCCGCUGAAUUAGAAGCCAUUCUGAUGAGCAUAGAUUUAGUAGCUGAUUGUUGUGUUGUGGGCUAUUAUGAUGAGGCUCAGGCAACCGAACUUCCUCGUGCCUAUAUCGUUCUUCAACCUAGUAUUGAAGCAAAUGCUAGAACAGCUCAGCUGAUUGAGGAAUAUGUAGCUAAAAGCGUAUCUACUCAUAAAAAAUUACGUGGAGGCAUUCAAUUUGUAGAAGCUAUUCCAAAGAGUCCUAGUGGUAAAAUACUUCGACGUCAAGUAAAAGAUUGGGUUAAGAAAGAGCAAAAAGAAAUGAUGAAAGCUCGUUUAUAA